AUUCCGUUGUAAUGUUUUGGACUCAUCUGCGCUUUUUCAAAUAAAUUAUGGCGGUUUCAAAAUUUUAUCUAAAAUAUGUGUUUCUAAUAAUAAUAUUACUCGUUGUGGGGGCUGAGUGUUCAAAAUUGAAUGUGCCGCGAGUACUUUUGCCAAUUUUUAAUGACUUCUCUAUGAAAUUCACUCUAGAAGCCACUGAAGGCGGUUGCUAUAAAUGGAGUACAACCAGGAAUGAUAUAAUUCAAUUGACCCUUGUGGAUCCUGAUCCAGAAGAGGAAUGCUCCACAAAAGUCAUAGUAAGUACUGUCACAAAAGAAGCUGCCAGAAAUAUGGCUGUUGUCCUGGCUGAAGACGUUCAUUCAAAACAAAUGCUCAGAUGUGAUGUAAUGGUUGAUGUUAUUCAUGACCUAGUCAUUUCCACAACAACUAGAGAACUAUUCAUGGAGGAAGCACCAGAAGAUUUCCAGAUUACAGCUUAUGAUGACCAAGGUAAUGAAUUUUCCACAAUGGAAGGAGUGGAAUUUGAGUGGAAUAUAGUAUCACUGGGUCCCAAUAAAGAUGCAGUUUUGAGGUAUAUAACUUUCAGAGAUUCACCUUAUGAAACACCCCCUGCUAUUGCACCUUUGGAACAGGAAGGGAAAAAAGGUUAUUCUAUAUUAUUAGAAGGUGUCAAGAGUGGUUCAGCUAAAGUUUCAGUUCGAUUACCCCAUCCAGAAUAUAAACAUGUUCCUACCAAAGAAGUCCAGUUGAUGGUAGUUGCUAACUUACUGAUCACACCCCCAGAAGUAUAUGUAAUGCAGGGGGAUACUGUGCCUUUCAAGAUAUAUUUUUUGAAAAAUGGUAGAAUGGAAGAGAUAACACUACCAGACUCACAGUAUUAUCUACAAGCAGAGAAUGAAGAAAUUAGUUAUACUAACAAAAAGACUGGAAAUGUCACUGCAUUGAAGGAAGGUGACACUAGAAUAGUACUCAGAGAUCGUAAUGUUGGUAAAGAUGAUCCUUUGAUGAAAUUACCAGCAGCACAUUUUCAUGUUGUCAAACCAGACUAUAUUGUCUUGAAUAUCCUACCACACAAAAAUUGGGCUGUUCUAGUGGGUGAUCAUCAUGAUAUUGUGGCAGAGAUAUAUUCAAGUACUGAUCACAAACUUUAUAUUGGAGGAUCUGUCCAGCUUUACAUGGAUGUAUCUCCUGAAUUUGUAGUAACAUCUCGUUCAGCAAAUGGCAGCUGGCUCACAGGUUAUGGAAUCAAAUCAAGCAUCGCCACUGUCCAAGCAUCGUUAGAUGGAGUUUACCAUGAAAAAACCGGCAAAAUAAAGUUUGAUAAGCCUGUAACAGCUAAGGGAGAGCUGUUGAUAUAUCCCAGAAUAACUAUUACUCCAUCAGAAAUUAUAUUACCGUGGGAUCCUAUAAUCAGACCAAAAUAUGAUGUUGAUUUGGUUGCCAAAGGGGGCGAUGGGAGAUUCUUAUGGUCGAGCAGUGACCACAAUAUAGGAAUGGUAAGCCAAACUGGGCAUGUGAGAACGCAUUCCAAUGGUUUCUUUGAAGUGUCGGCCGUGAUGUUGCGUAAUCACCAUAACCGCCAAUCCGCCAAAUUCAUCAUAUUACCCCCAUCCCAUCUAGAAAUCGUUGAAUUCGUCAUGGAAGCUGAAGUUGGGUCUCCGGUUUAUUUACACAUUGCUCUCUAUGCUGAACAAGAAAAAGACGGUACCACUAUACAAUUGCCUUUCACUAAGUGUCAGGCUUUACCUUUUCAUAUCAAGCAGUCCGAUACGAAGUUUAGACAGAACAAGACUGCCAUAUUAUCUCCAAUUGGAAUAUCUUGUGGAAACAUCGCAAUGACCGCCUUGGAUGUUGGAACGAGCAAGGUUACUGUAACUUACUUUCAAGAUGGCAAGGCCCUCGAAGACUCUGUAACUCUCAGUGCAUACAAAUCUUUAGUGCGCCUCGAACCCAAACGUGAAGUUGUUCUUUCUAUUGGAACUUCGAUUAAUUUGGUGUUCGCCGGUGGCCCGAGACCAGUCUUAGGAAGAAUGGGGGAUCAUCAAAGGAUAGUCGUCAGUGAAGACGAGACUAUUGCCAAAGCUUCGGAUGUAACACAGUUCUACACCUUGCCUGGCGAAGAUUACACCAUAGUCCAAGUUUUUUGUAAUAAGCUUGGUGAGACCGAUAUCAAGUUGAUGAUUUCGAAUACCCCUACUGUGUCAAACUGUAAAACGCAGACGAGUAGUAUCACUACUAGAGUAACGUGUGGGAAACCAAGGAGAAUAACAUUGCAGCCCGAAUUGAGAAUCGCUGAUAGUGUUGCUUGCCCUAUGGAUUUGAGUUCGGGUAAUGUCAUCGUACAGAGCACCAGAAAUAUUGAUAUUGACGUUACAGUUUAUGAUGACAGUGGUAACAGAUUCUUGAAUUUCACCAGCCUGAAUUUGGACUGGAGAAUAACUCCAGCAGGGAGCGGAGUUUUGUUGAACAAAGAUGGCGUUUUUCCCAAAAACUUGACGGUAGGAGAUGUUCCAGUAGGCCAUAGAUUCACACAAGUAGUUGAACCCUCAUUGGAUAAGGGUAGCUUGGUGAUCAAUGUUACAGUGAAAGGUUAUAAAGAGAGGCUACUGAAGAGUUAUUAUAUUGUUCAUGAGCAGCCAGAAUUUAUGUCUGAAGAAGAUCAUGAUGAGUUGCCACCAAUUUCUGCGUCUUUAUCUCUCUAUUUAGUAGAAGAUACAAUCAUUUCACCUAAUCUAGUGACGAUUUUUAACCAUCCUGGAAACAAAAUAUCCGUUCCUGUCAAGCAGGGUUCAGGUUAUUUCGAAAUAGCUCUAAGUGCUGACGAAGUCGCUUUGAUCAAAUACAUAGAAACGUCGCAUGAGAUUGAAAUUAUACCUGUUAGAUCUGGAGAAUUAACCGUACAGCUUAUUGACUUGUGUCUGGUAUCACGUCCAGCUACGUUGAUAAUCAACGUAGUGUCUGUGGGCAUCAUUCGAGUUGAAAUGCCGGAUAAGGUAGAGAUAGGAAAAUGUAUCCCAGCUAUUGUCCGGUUGUACGAUGAAAACGAUAAUUUGAUGGAUAUUCCUGAGCCUGGUAUGAUUGAUUUGAGACCUGAAAUGGAAAAUAAGAUCGGAAAUAUACAGAGGGCUGAAAAUGACCCUACCAAACCGUGGGGAGUCGGUGAAAUCCAUUACAUUAUCACGGGAGUCGAACUUGGUGAUACCAAGCUGGUAUUUACUGUUAGUGGGAGCGAUGAAGAUGUGACUAGUGCUCCGUUAGACUUACAAGUUUUUGAACCUCUCAGACUAUCUCCGAGAAACGGUUCAAUUCUGAUUGGUUCCAUAAUACAAUUGAUGAUUAAAGGUGGACCAAGGCCUGAUACAAAUAUCGUUUUUACUUCGUCUCCAGCAAAAGUUGCCGAAGUGACAGAAGGCGGACUGGUAAAAGGAAAAUCACUUGGUACAACUAGAAUUUUCGCUCAAGCAAGAGGAAUUCAUCCUUCUACUGGUCAGAGUGUGAUUUAUUCAGAGGAUACAGUUGAACUGCAGGUAGUGGAACUCCAAGCAAUAAAAAUCCUUGCGCCUCUGGCCAGGUUUAAGGUUGGUUCGAAAGUACCAUUCUGGUGCUUUGGUGUGCCAGACGUGUCUCCGAUGGUUCUGGGCAGUCUGGAGAAUCCUCCGAUAAAUUUCAAAUGGACAGUCGACGACAAACUUCUGGUGGAUCUGAGCGGAGCUUUUCACCCGAUUGGUGUGUUCAAAAAGAAACCAGACAGAGUGGCCAUCAAGGUUCACGGUUUGCAACCCGGCAGAACUAGGUUGCUCGUUAAUGCCACCGUACCAGGACCCACGGCGAAUGUCGCUAAUUUAGAGAGCGUGAUGUUAUCGGCUUGGUUCGACAUUGAGGUUAUUCAGGAGUUUAGUUUGUUGCUUCCCAAAGAUGUGCCGGGUACUUCGCUGCUGAUGGCUCCAUUUUCUGAAAUUCAGCUGAAGACCAAUAUGGAUAGCAGCAGUGCAAAAAUAGUAUAUUCGUUACCAGGAGACCAAGCCCCGUCCACCGAACUGCUAGCAGACAAGUCAGUCACCAAUGACGUCAUAGUCUCCAUAACCCCGACUGGUACACUCAAAUCAUUCGGCGUCUUAGGUCAUACCUUGCUCAUAAUCACCGCCACAGAUGAACAGGGACUGAAACAGCGCCUAUCGAUAGUCGUUGAAGUGAAAGUCAUACAGUACAUGAGUUUGAACGUACUGGCCAACUGGCGUAUUCAUUCUGAUAGCCCCCUUAGGACUGUUCCUCUGGGUACUGAAUUCCAGGUCAAAGCCACCUUCCAUGAUAAUAUGGGUAACAUGUUCCAAGCUGGACCAAAAGAUCUCAAGGUUAGGACCAGUCGCUGUGAUUUGAUUAAACUGACUGAUAGUACAGAGGAUGCUACUAUUUGGAUACAGACUAAGAAACCAGGGAACACUAUGUUGAAGGCUUGGGCUGAUGGCAUCUCAAAAACUGCUGAUUAUAUCAAAAUCAAUGUAGAACAAUCAGUUAGACCUCUGCUAGAAGAACUAACAAGCGGCGACAUAAUCUGCUUGUGGACGCCCGUCGUGAACGAGUACAACUCCCCGGGCACGUGGCGCAGCAGCGACAAUUCCCUCAUCCACCUCAACCCCGCCUUGGACAUCGGCUGGGUAGGCAACAAGGAGGGGGUGGUCGUGCUGACUCACUCGUUGCUGCAGGCCGCGCCGAUUCAUAUCCAGGUGAACCCCGUCACCGAGAUAGAGUUCUUCGACGAUCCCAACCUCAUUUUGACCAACGGAGUGGUCGAUAGUCUCGUGAGGGUUGUGUUGGUGUUGCAGAGUGAGAAGACUAUUGGCAUAAAAACCAAUAAUUUGAUUCAAGGUUGGAGGUGCAGAACUGAUGUCAGAAAGUUGGUGAGACCUUCUGGCUUCAUAUGCUUCGUGGAACUUUCCAAUAAUACACUUUCUAUUUCUGCCGAUCAACUGUUCAAUGUAACCACUAGCUGGGUUCCGGAGACUGGUCAGUAUGCUUGUAAACUUAUUAAUUUGGGAAUUAAUGGAACGGACAUUGCUAUAUUGAAAACAUCCAUUAUUCUUUGGGCUACUACUGAUGAUGGUGAAGUAACAUCCAGAAAGUUGAACAUCAGGUUCUUACCCGGCGUUUUUACUGCCAGAGAAAUAACUUUGAGUGAAAAUAGUUUUACUGGAGAAUUAAUAGUUGUAGGACUGCUCGAAGUUCUGGAGCAAAUUGAGGUUUAUCCAGCUGAUAGCAGCAUUCUAUAUGUGAAUAAAGGAAAAUCGAUAAAUGAAACUUCAAGAAAAUAUGAAAUUCAGCUCAUUGACUACCAUUGGAGGUUAGCAGACAUGCAAGAUGCUAUGGGCAUCAUAGUAUCAUCCCCCCUAACAAAACAAAAUAUAAAAAUCAUUGUCAAAGUCACCGGAAAUGUAGAAAAACAAAUGUGCGCUGCAGGGAGAUCUCCGAUAUUUGUGUUUUUGCAGAACUACAAGUAUGCAAUAGCUAUGGCUAUUGCAAUGAUGAUUAUUUUCUUCUUAACUUUCUAUUUCUAUUCCAACUAUAUGCAGCCUGUGGUCAACGUCAACGUGAACCCUACCCGUUCCAUGCUAUCGGCCGGCCAAAUCUCGACUCCUGGCCAAUCGCCUCAUCGAUGCGCCGCCAUGAACCCCGCCAACAUGACAAGGAUAACCCCGAACAUUUCGCCCGGUAGUCCCAAUCGCAGUCACACGAACUGCAAUCGGUUCAAUUGCUCUUGCUGCGCUACCGCCACCAGUGCUCGAGAACCUAUUUAUGGGGACGCCAGCAGCUUUUAUAACAGUCCGGAGAUCCGGAGAAAUCGACGUUUGAUGUGAGUUAAAUGAGUGUUUAUUUAUUGUUUGGUGGAGACUGCCGUUUUUUUUUUAACUCGAAGACUGUACAUAAACCUCAGGUUGUAAAUAAUGAUUAUUGUACAGCAUGUGUUUGUAAUUGAUUUUGAAAACAAAUAAAUUGAUUUUUGACAAGAUUGAUAUGUUUCAAG